AUGUCCAAGACCGCAUCUAAACAAACAGGCAACAAGGCAUCUGGGGAAUUGCCUUCCGAGGCCCCAGAUGGCCAAGUUUACGACUCGUCAUACACUACUGAGGGGCGGAAAGAUUCUGACGCCAUUCCAGUCUUGAAGGAUGAUGAGAACAUCGAAGAUCCUAUUGAUCCUGAGGAUGCCGACUCCGAUAAGCAACUAGCGCGCGAUGAGGCAGAAGCUAUUGAUCAGAAAAAUGUGUUAAAUGAUAGGACUCGGAAAGAGAAGCCGAGAGGCUCUUAUACUGAGCCGACUGAUGAGGAAAUGGGUCUUACUGAGGAAGCGUAG